GGGCCAAGAGGUGUGCGGUCUCUUUAAGGCAGGUCCUGGUGGUUUCUGUUUUCUGAAGGAAGUGACGGGGGGUGGGAUUGAAUGAAAAGUGCAAAACAGUCUCGGAGCGCCGGAGUCGGGGGCCGCGGGAGCCGCGGCGCUGGACCAGUGGGCGGGGGGGCCCCGGGAGCGCCGCGUCCGCCUCGCAGCCGCCGGGGGGCGCGCGGCGGAGCACAGCCCACGUGCGUCCGCGCCACGUCCCUGGCGACCCGCGGCUGAGCCCCCGGGGAGCCGCUCCGGGGCGCCCCGAACUAGCCGCCAACUUCGGGCGAAGUUUGGCAGCGCCUCUCCCCGCCCGCACGCGGCUCACCGGGGCCGCAGAGGGCGGCGGCGGCCCCCGGGGAUGCGCCCAGCCGGCGGCCGCGGGGUCCCCACGGCGUCCCGCGCGCUGCUGCUGCUGCCGCUGCUCGUGCCGCUGCUGGGGGCGGGCGCGCCGGCCGAGCUGCGGGUCCGCGUGCGGCUGCCCGACGGCCAGGUGACCGAGGAGAGCCUGCAGGCGGACGGCGACGCCGACAGCAUCAGCCUCGAGCUGCGCAAGCCCGACGGCACCCUCGUGUCCUUCACCGCCGACUUCAAGAAGGAUGUGAAGAUCUUCCGGGCCCUGAUCCUGGGGGAGCUGGAGAAGGGGCAGAGUCAGUUCCAGGCCCUCUGCUUUGUCACCCGGCUGCACCACAAUGAGAUCAUCCCCAGUGAGGCCAUGGCCAAGCUUCGACAGAAAAAUCCACGGGCAGUGCGGCAGGCCGAGGAGGUACGGGGCCUGGAGCACCUGCACAUGGACAUCGCCGUCAACUUCAGCCAGGGGGGCCUGCUGAGCCCCCACCUCCACAACGUGUGUGCCGAGGCCGUGGACGCCAUCUACACCCGCCAGGAGGACGUCCAGUUCUGGCUGGAGCAAGGUGUGGACAGCUCUGUGUUCGAGGCUCUGCCCAAGGCCUCAGAGCAGAUGCGCCUGCCUCGCUGUGGGCAGGUGGGGGACCGCGGGAAGCCUUGCAUCUGCCACUAUGGCCUGAGCCUGGCCUGGUACCCCUGCAUGCUUAAGUACUGCCACAGCCGCGACAGGCUGACACCCUACAAGUGCGGCAUCCGCAGCUGCCAGAAGAGCUACAGCUUCGACUUCUACGUGCCCCAGAGGCAGCUGUGUCUCUGGGACGAGGACCCCUAGCCGGGCUGGGGGGGUGGUCCCUGAGGUAGCCGCUCUGGGCCAUGGCUCCUCCCCAAGCCACCAGAGGGGGUGGCAACCCCCACCUGAGGCCUUAUUUCCCGUCCCUUCCCUAAUCCGGGAGCCUCUGGCCCCGUCACUCAUGACUGUGAAAAGGGGUGUGGCCGGGCAGGGGUUCGCUCAUGAAGGCAGCCCCCAUCCCACUCUGCGCCUUCCUUGGGACAGAGAGGAGAAGGGGGUUCUUCAAAUUUACACCCCUCCCCUCCUCCCUCUACCCUGAAGUGUUCUCUUUCCAGCAACCAAAAUGUGAUGGCCUGUAAAUCUCCUCUUUAAUUCUUUGAAGGUUUAGACCCUGAAAGGUGUCUAUGCCUGUACACCCAUCUCCCCCCACACACCCCCCAUCUGGAAGGAGCUGGCCCCUCUGCACUGUCCCCCUGCCCAACAAGGAGGGGACCACUGCCCCAGAGAGGGGGCUGUGGGGGACGAUGCCACAGCCCCUUCACCGGACCAUGAUGCCUUCUUCUCACUGCUGCCCCAAGGGCAGACCACAUGUGCCUUUCCCCAGACCUGGACUUGGCCGCCGGAGCAGGCGCCAGCUCUCCCUCUCUAAACAGAAAUAUUUUUGUAAGGUUUUGGGGUAGGGAGGGAGCAUGAAGUAUGAGGAAAACUUGAAUUCCAGAUUUUUAAUGCAAAGUAUUUAUCAUUUGUACCAGAAAUAAAAGUUUAAAUUUUUACUUGA